AUGGCCCGCUCCUCAUUCGACCGCAUGGGAGGUGUCCACGAGAUCCCCAAACCGCAAACCAACAACCAUGCGGUUCAGUCUCAAACAGUACCAACCCGUGUCCAGCCACCCCGUUUCGCCAAGCAGAAAGCCGCUCUUGCCGCCGCACCACAAUCCCCGGCCAAGCGUGUCUUAGUAGCGGCCCCACGAUCUAAAAGGACGGCGCGGGAACUCUCCCACGCCGCAGUCCGUGCCGCAAAGCGACUGCGGAAGUUGGGAUUCAUCAUCUCGAAUAGGACAAAACAAGACGACGAAACAACCGGAGACUACAGUCUUGCCUCGGAUGACUGGAAUCAGUUCAUGCAAAGGAAUUUUGUUGAAAAUCACGUAUCGUCGUCGUUUCAACGAAACCCAAAUCCACAAGGCUUAGAGGUGGCACAGUUUGCCGUGCGACUUGAGAAGGCCAUUAAUGAGAAAAUUACGGCGCUUCUUGAAACUUUUACCGAAUUGGCUACAGCCGCACCGCAAAUGAAAGAUAGCCCCAACUUUGGUGGGAGCCCGGAACACGGCCCCCAAGCCUCGCUCCCUGAUUCCCAACGACAACUCCCGUCGUUACCCCAAAGCAAACACUGCCCGCCGCACUGUGUAUCACCACCCACCGACACAAGUCCGUCCUUCAAACACCCAGAGCCCUCUCUUUCCUUCGAGCCCGCAGCCGCUUACACCCCGGGAGAAGACUGGCGGCCGCCUGUGAUCGAAAGCCCUGUAACUCAUCUGGACCCCAACGUCUGCAGCCCUAAACUCAGUUCCCAACAAACAGUCAUUAACUCCAAACAUGAAGCGCCCCUAACACCGCCCCAUCACAGUGCCGAUUUUCCGGACCAGAUGCCCGACACGGACAUGAAACCCAACACCACGCUUGGCUUGUCGCCGCCGACAGCCUGCAUCGGAUGUGCGUUCUCUCCCACGGCACGGCCUGUUGAUGAAGCAAAAGGCGACGGUAAAAGCAGGACUGUAAACCUAGUACGUCCAUUGCCGCCACAAGUGAACCAGGCCAACGUGGUGGAGGUAUUGGGGUUACGGUUUGCAGUUGAUAUGUCUGCGGUGACAAGAAGACGGUUUGGGGUCGUCAAUGGAGAGCAGGUUAAUGUUGUGGAGAUUGAAGAGGGGGGGAUGAGAGUUCCCAUAAGGCGCUCGAGGGUUCUGAGGAGGGAUUUGCAAAAGAGGGCGAGGUAA